UUUAUGCAUAGGUAUGCGCCUACUGACCAUUAUCUGAUAUGCUUGAAGGGGAAUCCAUUGAAAUUAUCGCCUCUAAAAUUCAUCGAUUACAAAAAUCCCAUUUCACUGAUCAACCAUUAUUACCGUUACUGUUGUUAUCCGAUCAAAAUUCUUUGAAUCAAGACAAUUUUCCAGUUGGUGUAAAUUGUACAAAUAAUACUUAUACAACAACAACAACUACUACUAAUUCCAUUUCUGCAAGUAGUAGUAAUCAUAGUAAAGGUAAUGCUGGUUCCAUUCAAGGUCGAAAUACUUCUUCAUCAGUUCAUCAACAUCAUGUUAAAGAUUCGCCAAAGUCAAAUGCGGCUAGUUUGUUGAAGCCUAAUGCUGAUACAAAGGAACGUAGUUCUCUUCAGAGGUUACUCACAGCUUAUUGGUGUCCAAAAUCGAUAACUGCACAAACAUUACUUGAAGAAACAAGGCAUUUACAAUAUUUCUCUACUGGAAUUGAAAGUUUAGAUAAGCUCCUGGGUGGUAGAGGUUUAAAAACUGGUGAAAUCACAGAGGUAAUCGGAAAAUCGUCUACCUGUAAGACUCAACUAUGCCUUUCUGUAUGUGCCUCUGUUCUUCACAACUGUAGAACAACUUCGAUUGUAUACUUAGAUACAAAAGGAGAUUUUCUACCGGAUAGAUUAAAAGAAUAUCUAAUUAAAAAAAGAUCACAGAAAUCUCUAUCGGUGUCAACAUCUUGGAACCAGGAUAGUUUACCUCACCGCCAAGCAGAUGAUAUCAAACAAUGUUUAACACGGAUUCGUCAUUGUUCAGUGCCUACAAUCAAUCAUCUAAUCGAUGCAUUGACAACAAUACGAAUGUAUAUUAGUAAAAGUCAAAGUAAUCAAUACACUUCAUCCAGUCAUAUUCAUAAAUUCUUUUCCAACUGUAAACUUGUCAUUAUAGAUAGUUUAGCUAUGCCUUAUCUAAUAUAUAUGGCUACUUUACCACAGUUGGCUGUUUCACAACUUGCCUUGACUAUAACAGAAAUUCAACGAUUAGCCGCAUUGAAUCAUUGUAGUCUAUUGGUGACUAAUCAUGCUAGAUCGUCAUUUAGUAAUGCUUUCAAAGAUCAACACAAUACCGCAUCAUCCACUGCCGUCUUCACAACGCCUGCCACUGCUUCAUCAUCAUCAUCGUCGUCUUUACCACCUUCAAUUGGUUGUCUUGGUGUAAAUUGGUCAUUGAUACCACAUCAUCGUAUAUUGUUCGAGUGUGCCACACAAUCACUUGUUCAAAUGAUGCCAAUGAAAAUUAAAGCAACACUAAUUAAAAGUGUUUAUAAUAGAAAGAAAAAUCAAUUCAAUCAUUGUACUAUACAGAAGUGUAAUCCUGAAAUUAUUUGUGAAUUUAAUGUAUAG